AUGUGCAUACAACUGCACGAAAGACGUAACUACGAAGAGACAAACAAUGUACAAAGAUCCAAGGAAAUUGAUGAGGCCUGCAACAUAAUCAGACAAGAAGGUUCUAAACUGCACCCAAUAUUAGGAGCACUAGUGCCAAUUCCUUUUUACCCAGAGCAGAGUAGAUAUGUUGAUGGACCAAGUGACAUGUUGGAGAAGAACUCCAAGCAGUACAAAAGGAGAGUGGUAUUGACCACAAGUAUGGGAGAAUCCUUAAUUUGCAUAGAGAAUGUCAAGUUUGUCAUCGAUGUGGGCAUGGAGAGAAAGAAUGUUUACAAUCCAAGAAUACGAGCAGAUUCUUUAGUGAUGCGACCCAUCAGCAAAAUACAGGCUGAGAUGCGCACACAGAGCGGGGGCACAGCUAGAUUGGGCAAAUGUUUCCGAUUAUACACCGAAGAGUUUCUGAACAAAGAGAUGACAGAGCUUUCACCACCUUGUGUACUGGAAUCCAAUCUUACUCGCAUGGUUUUAUUCCUGAAAAGAAUGGAUAUAGCAGACAUGGGGCAGUGUGACUUUAUUGAUAAGCCAGGUAAUAUUACAGCCCCUGAAGCCUUGAUGCAGGCAUUAGAAGACCUUGAUUACCUAGCAGCCCUGGACGACGAUGGAAAUCUGUCAGAAAUUGGAAUCAUUAUGUCAGAGUUCCCACUGGAUCCCCAAAUGGCAAAAGCUCUUGUUGCAUCCUGUGAAUUUGACUGUGUGCAAGAAAUGUUAACAAUAGCUGCCAUGGUAACAGCUCCCUUUUGUUUCUUGGAUCCACCUCCUGGUGCAGAAGAAAUUGCAUGCACUUGUCGAAGGAAAUUUUUGCAUCCAGAGGGUGAUCACUUUACCCUUAUAAAUGUUUACAAUGCAUACAAGCAGAACAAGCUAUUGUCAUCAAACCAAUUCUGUGAAGAUGAAAAGUGGUGCUAUGACAAUUUCUUGAAUUGCUCUGCUCUGAGGACAGCAGAUGCCAUCCGAGCUGACCUACUGGACAUUAUGCAACGCAUUGAGUUACCCAUUUCAAAACUUGCUUUUGGUACACACAAGAAUUCACUGAAUGUGAAAAGAGCUUUGUUAUCUGGUUAUUUCAUGCAGACAGCUCGAGACGUUGAUGGAUUGGGAAACUAUGUCAUGCUAACCCAUAAACAUGUAGCACAGCUGCACCCUUUCUCAAGCUACUCUUCCACAAAAUUAAAACCAGAAUGGGUUUUGUUCCAUGAAUUUACAAUAUCUGAGAACAACUGCAUCAGAAUCGUUUCAGAUGUAUCACCUGAAAUGUUUGUACAGCUGGCUCCUCAGUAUUACUUCACCAACCUACCCCCUAGUGAGAGUAAGGAACUCCUACAGGAAAUCAUUGAUCACUUCUCAAAACUGUCAGAUGGAGAGGAGCAGCAUGUAUCCAACAAAGAAAACAAGCAAGAAGAUCUUAGCCACCAGAAUGAAGACAGAUGUGUCAUUCAAUGA